AUGGAGCCCCUCAUGUAUUUUCACAUUUUCAUUCUACAAACUCUUCUCUGUCAAGCAGCAUCCAGCAUGUUUGUGGAGAAGGGACAGAAUGUCCAUCUAGACGUACCAGGAUAUGAGAAAUAUAAAGAGAACAUUACCCCAUUCAUUUCAUUUACCUGGAAGUUUAAUGGAGUAAAAAAUGUAGUAAUAUAUAAUAAACAAGGGCACCAGGCCUUCAUUCCGUAUGUUAGGUUUAGUGAGGUGAAUCUCUCUCUGCUACUGGAAAACGUACAGGAAAGAGACAGUGGAAGUUAUACUGCAGUACUGGGUGGUGAAACAGAAAGAAAAGUUGCAGAAUAUCGGAUAUCAGUUCAAGAGAGACUUGAGCCACCAGUCUUGACAGUGGACUCUGUCUCCUCCAUCCUUGACACCUGUAAUGUGACUGUGACCUGCAGAGGUCAGAACACCACUGUCACCUCCAUCUGUAACAACCACACCUGUUCUCUGGUGGGAGGAGGGAGUAGUGGGGCUGAGACCUCCACUCUCUCCCGGCUCUCUAUCUAUGUGGCAGGGGGCACCAUCAUCUGUAACCACAGCAACCAAGUCAGCUGGGCCAACGACAACAAGAAGAUAGAAUCAAUUUGUGUUUCUGGAGCAGAGGGGACAAAAGGCCGAUAUCUUCUCAUAAUUGUUGUCAUCAUCAUGGUAGUACUCACACUCAUCCUGAUGUAUUUUAUUUAUCUGCGAAAGCAAAGUAAAAGUGGAGAAGGGGCUAUUGUAAACACAGAUUAUGCUUCAGUUGAGGCUUCAGUAAAGGGUGGAGCAGGUGGUGGGGGGCAGGUGAAUCAGUUCUCAGGUCCAGAAUCUCCUACCAUCUACAGUGUGGUGCAACAUGUGAACAGCCCCACCAUGCAGGGAGACCCGCCUGUACAACAAUCUAUGACCCACAAGCCCCCUGAGAGUAUAUAUGCUAGUGUAGAGAAACAUUCCAGCAGACAAUAAUUAGCUAUUUUAACACCAUUUUAGAGUACAGUUUUAGUAGCUGGUUUGCUAUGAACUUUUUAAGGGGCACAUACAGCAAAUGAAUAUGAAACAUGAUUAAUAUAGAAAAAAAUCAUCCAAUUUGGAGCCAUAUUAAUCAUGCUUAAUUAUACAACCCCGUUUCUGAAAAGGAUGCUGUGUAAAAUGUAAAGAAAUACAGAAUGCAAUGAUGUGCAAAUUA